GGGCGGCGCCCGGCGUGCUCCCCUCCGCCGCUCCGUGCGGUGGUUGGCUCCGGAGGCGGGGCCGCCGGCGCAGAACUGGCGGAAGCUGCGCUCGCGGCGGCCCCGGUGAGUCCGCCCGCCGGCCCUGGGCUACCGACUCCGGGCCCGGUCGCCCCUCCUGCUUCCCAGGUCCAGGCCGUCGCAGGCACCAUGUCCGGCUACCCCAAAAGCUACAAUCCUUUCGACGACGACGUGGAGGACGAGGACGCCCGGUCGUCGCCGUGGAAGGACGCCCGCGACCCUCCCGACGGGCCCGACGCGCCCAUGGACCGUCAGCAGUCCCUGCGACAGGAGGUGCUGCGCAGGGCCGAGGCCACGGCCGCCAGCACCAGCAGGUCCUUGUCCCUCAUGUAUGAAUCGGAGAAGGUCGGAGUCGCCUCGUGCGAGGAGCUGGUCCGGCAGCGAGGAGUCCUAGAACACACUGAGAAGAUGGUGGACAAGAUGGAUCAGGAUUUGAAGAUAAGCCAGAAACAUAUCAACAGCAUUAAGAGUGUGUUUGGAGGAUUUAUCAACUACUUCAAAUCCAAACCAGUAGAGACUCCACCUGAACAGAAUGGCAGCAUCACCCCGCAGCCCAACAGCAGAUUGAAAGAAGCCAUAAAUACAAGUAAGGAUCAGGAAAGCAAGUACCAAGCCAGCCACCCAAACCUCAGAAGGCUGCAUGAUGAAGACCCGAUCCCCAAAGGGCCUGCUUCUGCUGAGACUACUGAGGUUUACCCAAAGAACUCGAGCCUUCGAGCCUAUCACCAGAAGAUUGACAGCAACUUAGAUGAGCUCUCCAUGGGAUUGGGCCGACUCAAGGACAUAGCCUUAGGAAUGCAGACGGAAAUUGAAGAGCAGGACGACAUUCUUGACCGGCUAACAACCAAAGUGGACAAGUUAGAUAUCAAUAUAAAAAGCACAGAAAAAAAAGUUCGGCAACUAUAAAGAAACUGAAAAGGAAUUCUCCUCCAUUGUGAUGAAAAGAUUCAAAAGCCUCUUUUAAACUCCUAAGAAAUGUCAUUGAUUACACAGUAUGUAAUUAACAUGUGUGUUCAGAUGUGGGUCUUAAGACAUUUUAGUUUCAAUGGGGAAAAAAUGUGUGUGUUCCACAUUUUGGUGAGAUCAGCAUCGCUACAGUUCUGUGAGCUGUCUGCUGAGUUGUAAUCUAAACAUGGCAGACCAAUUGUGAGCACCUUGAGUCUUUGAUUACUGUGCUGGACAGAGAAGAGAACAUGGCAUUUUUUUCUUCCAUGAGUGUCUGCAAAGAUGUGGGCAGGUGUCAGUCUCGUAACUACUGCCUUCUGCUUACUCAUUUGCUGAGUCUCUCACUCCAAGGCCUUACUGUGAAUUCAGAUGUGGAGGGACCCUGGGUUUGUGGCAGAAGGAAGGCUCCUUCCACAUCUUCAUAUGUCAGUCAUUGUUGACAUGCCUGCACACACACUGAGUACAUUGUAGCUCUCUCCCCUGAAAAGGACCCAUGAGAUCCAGAAGUGGAAUGUCUUGCCUUCAUUACUCCAACCCCACCCCACCCCACCCCCCUCCUGUCUUCUCUACUUUUCCUUAUUUCAGUAGACGGAUUCAGACCAGGACUGUUGGACAUGACACUUGCAAGUGUGUGGAAACUGGACGAACCCUCCUUCCCCACCUACUGUCAUCUCAUACUUUCUGCUGGGGACAGCUUUUCUCCACUGGCUCAAGGCCAACCAGUUGGCCCCUGUGGAGUUUGUGGGCCUUGAGUGUCACACAAACAUGAACCUCUCCACUGAGCCCUCUGCCUUGGGAAUAGUACCAAGGCAGUGUUUAUUUGGUGCCUGGGGUCCCCUCAUCCACCUGGGACCCCACCCAUUCUCUGUGUCACCACAAAGUGCCCACCUGGUUUAAGGACUAAGAUCCUCAAAUGAUGCUGAUCUUCUAUGAGACAACUUGACCAAGAAAAAGCCCAAGUACCAUUUUAGCUAGCUAGUUGAUUCCCUUCAUCUUCCAAAAGAAAAUAUCUAGAAGCAUUAAUUAAAAUUGAUUCUAUAACAAUUUUUCCUUGUGUUGGUACUUCCAAUAAAAUCAUUGACGCCAUAGAGCAAUUGACUAUCUUAAAAUCAAAUUCACAUUUUGAAGAUGGUAAAGGGGACUGUUUUUUACUGGUAAGGUAAAAACUUAAAUGCUAGUGCCUUUUUGCCUUGAAACGUGGCUCAUGUGCCAUUUUGGGAUCCUUUCUUUAGCAUCUGGAGUCUAUAGAUCAUAAGCAAAGCGUGCAUGGGGCUGUGGGUAUGGCUCAGUGGUCAAGUCCCUGCCCUUCUCUCUCGGGGCCCUGGGUUGAUCUCCACCACUGGGGAGAGAAACUGAAAAUGGUAACAGCAUGAUUACUGUUCCUGUAGCAACUUGUACACACUCCUGUCACAAAAUACCCAACCUUCCUGGAAAUACAGCCACCAUAGGCAAAAAGGGGUGCCAAUGUCCAUCUGUCCCUAGAUCUGAAGAUCUGACUAUGGUGGACCUCUGUGAGUUCAAGGACAGCCAGGACUGUAUACCAAGACUCUGUC